CAGGAGUGCUCAUCUUCUAGACAUGUCUGCUGAGAUGGACAGAACGAGUCCACACACAGAUCCAGGUCCGUCCCGUCCCCCUCCAGCCUCAGUCUCAGCACCGGCCUCUGGAGUCGGUGUCAUGGAGCUCCAGGGCCACACACCGGACCUGCCUUCCCCUCGGGGUGAGCCAGUGGUGGCCCCCCUGCUGAGCCCUGAUGACCCCAUUCCCCCUGGACCGUCCCAACCGACUGCUGCCGACAUGGACGCCUCUCAGACGCUCAAUAAAAACAUGGAACAAACUGGAGCUCGUCCCUGUGAGCUGCUGCUGCACAUCGAGCAGAUCCACCAGGUUCUACAGGAGCACAGCCGCCUGCUGACUCUACUGACAGGACGGACACUUCCUGUCUGCUCGCUCCUGAUUGGCUCGCCGCUUGUGCUGACACGGACGGACUCCGAGGAGCUCCCAGCUUUCCCAGCUUCAUCUGCUCCAUCAGAUGGAAGGAGGCCCCAUGCUCCUCCUGCCCCAGCAUGUCUCAGUAAGAACCAGCCACUCGCUCAACCGUGUCUCCGCCACAGUCACAACAACUGAGCUUAUCUGACCAAGAUUCUGUGGUCACAGGUCCAGCCCUGUUUCUAAAACACCAGCGAGAGUUGAGUGGAUUUACAAAGAGUCGGUUCCUCCUCUGCUCCUCCUGUUCCUCCUCUGCUCCUCCUGUU